AUGGCGACAAUUCUGGGAAGUUAAACUGAACUUUGAUAGUUUAAACUAUGUUUUAAUGAUUCGAAAGACUUAUUGAUUGACAGGAGGAUUUUUUAGUGUUAUUUUAGAGUGGUUCUUUAUUGGUUUUAUUAUUUGGACGAUAAAGUGACUUAGGAUGUCUACGUAUCAGUAUUCGAGGAUCUGGCUAGCAGAUUUUUUUCAUUCUUUUCCGCACAUAGACUUAGCGUUCAGCGAACGCACAAAUGUCACCUUUGAUCCUCUCAGUCUUGAAUACAAAGAGUCUCUGGGAUUCUGGAUCGCUGUCCCCAUCUUGUGGUGCAUUCUGUCUCUGCUGCUCUUUCUGGUGUAUUUUAUCAUCAUGUGUUGUCGCAGAAAACCACGGAAACGAAAGAAUACAGCAUGUCAGAAAGUGUUUAUUUGUUUUCUGAUAAUACUUGGGAUCGGUGCCAUUGGUGCGGGAUUCUAUGGAAAUGAGAAAAUGGAUGAUGGAGUUAACAAGAUGAUCUCAUCGUUUAAGAAAACUGACCACACCAUCGCUGACUCCCUGCGAACUAUUGAUAUGCUUGAUCAGUUAGCCGAUGACAUUUCAAAGAAUGGAUCCCAGAUGUUGCAGAAAGUGCUCGACUUUGUUCCGAAUGUUACCUUUCAAAACGCACUCCGAGAACAAAUCGAAAACAUCAAGGUGGAUUCCAAACAGUUUACAGUCGACGUGUCCACAAUCAGAAUAGAUACUGAAAAUUUCAGUCUAGACAACGUUAAGAACAAUAUAAAGAUAUUUGAGUUAUACAGGUGGCUGGCCACUCUUCUGCUGUACGUCAUCUUUGUGUUUAUCUUCGUGCUGUACUUCAUAGGAGUCAUCAAAUCUUCCAAAUGUUGCCUCAUUUUUCCAACGAUUUGCAGCAUGGUGUGUCUUCUUCUAGUCUGGACAGCAACAGGCUGUUUUCUCGGAUUCUCAGUGGCACUUGGUGAUCUCUGCGUAGAUCCAGAUGCUUACGUGGAAAAGGUUGUCACGGAGAAUUCUGAACUGAAGAAAGAUAUCCUGGAUGAUUAUUUAAAAUGUACAGACUUCAGGAAACCAUUUUCUUCGAACAUCCAGGAUGCCCAUCUAGCGGUUACUCGAGUGACGCAGGCGCUGAAUAAAACAGUCACCCUGUGCCUGCAAUACAAUGUGGCUAACAAGGCUGCCGGGCCAGUACACUUCAUAGAUAAUGAACUGACGUAUGUUGGGAGCAACCUAACUGCACUCAACGACAUCAGCAGCUGUAAAUAUCUCCAUGACAACUACAUUGAUGCUGUUAACGGCAUCUGUCAUACAUCAUUUAUUGGUCUGGCCUUCAUGGUCGUGAUGUCAGGAGUUAUUGGUCUCACAGUCACCUUCAUGAUUGCCUUUGCUUCAAGAACAUGGCCAUAUCUAUCAAAAAGACGAGGCUACUAUCCUGUUGAUGACACAGAUCCAUUUCUUCCAAGGCCGCCACCAUACAAUGGUUACGGAUCAAUGAGUCAGCCACAACCAGAACCACAAGCUGAGCGGCCAAUCACAAGUGGAUCGGAACAAAGCAUCUCUCAGCUACCGCUUCCUGUGGAUGAAUCCCCACCACCCGCGUAUCGACCAGGCCAGUUCACCAGCAUGCAGGAAUACAACAACCUCGCCCCAAGACCCAGCAGUCUUCACCGAUCUUCAGAAACAUGAAUUCUAUAAACCAAACUUCACAGAUCUUCAGAAACAUGAAUUCUAUAAACCAAACUUCACAGAUCUUCAGUAACAUGAAUUCUAUAAACUAAACUUCACAGAUCUUCAGAAACAUGAUUUCUAUAAACCCAUCUUCACAGAUCUUCAGUAACAUGAAUUCUAAAACCCACCUUAAUUAAUCUUCAGAAACUUGAAUUUUAGAAACCCACCUUCACUGAUCUUUGGAAACAAGAAUUCUAUAACUCAGCAGACUUUACACUGAUCAUCAGAACCAUAACGUCUAUAAACCUAGCAAUUUCCAUUGAUUACAAGAACUUGAAUUCCAUAAACCAAACUUCAACAAUCUUCAGAAUCACGAAUUCUAUAAACUCACCUUAGCUGUAGAGUAAUAUGUUACGAACUCUUCACAAUUAUUUGUUAAAGAAAUUAAAACAAUGAGCCACCAUUUUGUCUCGUAUUUAUGUCCUGAUUGAAAUCAUUUUUAAUUGUCAAGUAACAUGAUUUCAUGAAGGACAUAAACAUAAUUUGGAUAGAACUCAUUUAAUUGAUGUUCCGAUAGUGUACCAGUCGUAUGACGGCAAGUUGUUAGGUCCACUUUACAUUUUAUAUGUAACACUUUGAUAUGAACCACAAUAUUUGUAACCAUAUGGGUAAUAAUAAUUAUGUGUUUGAUAUCAAUUACAAUAAGUGAAAAAAAACCAAUAGUACCUUUGAAUGUUUAUGGCUGUUGACAAUUUUAUGAUUGUGUGUUUGAUUAAUCUGUGAUUAAUGUUGAACAGAUAUAGUAUAUGUUGGCAGAGUAAUCUUGUUUGUGUUAUUUGGUGGGUCGUUGCUGAAUGACAUAGCAGUCACGGUUCUACUUAUUUGACAGUAUUUGACUGCCUUGCAAAACAACGUUUUACAUGCAGCCUUAAUAUUGAAACCAAACAUAGAAUUUGCUUAAGGUAAAUGGCAUUACCAUCACAUAAAGCAAUUGUGAUGGAAAGAAUAACCUUUCUAAAUAUGGAAGUAUAUAAUUUCAUAAAAUAUUCAGUAAAAUAUUAAGAACAUGGGACUGAUUUCUGCAACAAUAUUUUAUUUAUUAUUAUUUUUUUUUUAAAUCCUACUGCAUCCUUUCCUUUUUCUCCUUUGAAUUCCAUCUAAUUUGUUCCCGAUGUGGCAACUCCUCCUAUCUUUCGACUUCUUUUG